GAACUUGGUUCACUUUCCAUUUCAUGCUUCAGAGAGAGGAAUCCACAUUUGGUAGGAAUUGCAGCGGCCAUGUCACGCUAUCAAACAGGGAUAGGGGAUAGCAUUCCCUCAAUGCUGGACCUGGUCAGUGUCUUUGCGGCCUUCAUGGAUGAUUUCAUCAAAUUGAUAUUUGGUGGGAUGAACACCUCCUUUAAGGUGACGGCGAUGCUCCAAAAAAAUGAUCCAGCCACGUACGACCCGACCACGAAGAGCUGGGAAGGCAGCGAAGGGUUACGAUACCGCGUCCCGCUUGAUACCAUUCCUAGCGAACGGCAUGUCCGUGAUAAAGUGCGCAACAUUAAAAUUCUCAUGAAUAACUGCCGGCACAUCUGCAUACAGGAUGAACUGCCGUCAACGGCCGAAGAGCGAAGGUUUUGGGCAUCCUAUCGCUUUAUGAAGUACCAAAUGGUGCUGCAGCCAUUUUGUAUUGUGGCGCCGCCUCUGUACGUGUUCUCUAAGAUGUUUCACGAUCGCUUGCCAUCGAUUUUUAAGGGACGAUUCGUAUCCCUUAUGGUCUCACUGGCAAUUGCAGAGCAGUGGGCGGAAGUGACUUACCCCGCGCAUCCGCUUCUUUCCACCGCCCUCAAAGCCAAGACGCCUUUAGGGGACGCAGCUCGUGCGGAAUGGGGUCGACUUCAGCCCAUUGAUAUCCCGUUAUACCUUUACACCGCCUAUCAUAUACACCACUUCUUCGAUACAAUCCCUGUUGAGUACCAGUUUGGUGGAAAUAUUUCUUCACUGUGUUCCUGAUGAAAAAAAAUAAGUGAAAAAGGUUGAUAACGAGCACCCAGUUGUUUGUCAUAUAUAUAUAUAUAUAUAUACAUUUCAUGUCACACUCCCUUUCAGUAUUCACCUUUCUGGAUUGGUGAUUCAGAUCAGAUAAAAUGUUAUCAAUGGGUGUGGAAUUGUUUGAUCAGGCUUUGUGAAGGUAUUUUGGUAAAUAGAAGGCAAUAGCGUACUACUGAAGAAAUGCGUCGACCGAAUUUGAUAGGGUCCCUUUUGUUGUGUUAAUAUUACGUCAUUGUAA